UUCCCUUACUCUCAGUCAUGUUGUACGACUAUGUUGUCAUUUAAUGCCGACAAUGUGUUAGCAUGGCAACCCGGGUGCCCGUCAAGUCGAUCCUCAAACAACAACCUGCCCCACCAAAUCCAGCCGACGAACAGAAAGCCAAAGCAGACAAGGAUCGCCACAACCGUUCCAUCGCGCUGCACCACGCCAACCUAAUCCAGCAUCGUAAAGACGUUGAGCUCAAGAUCGUGAAAGCCAUCGAGCUGCUCCUGGACUAUCCCACUUCGUCAACCUUCACCGUGGACGAAGGCUCCCGCUUCGUAGCACUCGUCCAGUUCUUCCAACCCUCCGAUUACGACAGCCUUGUCGAAGAACGCAGGAUCGACAACCAUUGCGGCUACGCUCUCUGUGCAAAGCUACCACGUACGAGUACGCUAGGUGCAGCAUCCGACUGGAAAGUGGGCAAAGGCGCCGCGGACUUUUGCAGCACCAUUUGUGCCAGGAAGUCUAACUAUGUGAAAGCGCAGCUCAGCUCUGUUCCCGCCUGGGAGCGUGGCGAUGACUUUAGGAUGCGGGUAGAGCUGCAUCCUGAUGAUCAUAUCGGAGGGGCGCCUGCCUUGGGCAUGUCAAGCUCGACGAAUAUGCAAAAGUUAGCGCAGGUGGCGAACGACGAGGAGCUUGCGCUUGAGCGAGGCGAGAGGGCCUCUUCGUUCAAGCCGAAGCAGGUGAUGAAGGAUGUCGUUGUUGAGAGGGCACCGAGGAAGCAUCCUUCAAAGCUUUCAGCGAACGGAGACAGGGCCGCGCACGCGGCGAUCGAGGGCUAUAUCCCGAGAGGGAAGCCUACCAAACGAAGUCAAGGAGUGGAUGGCGCCGAUACUGAUGACAGCGACGAAGUGGACGUCAAAAACGCCAAAACGGACCAUGGAGAUGGGUACGACCAUGACGACGAGAAAGACUGAAGCUUACUCAGUGCUUCUCUUCUCAUCAAUCUAUGUCUAUACAGCCGAAAAUGGCUGCCAGGCAACCGUCGCUAUGCAUCCAACACCGGUCCGCCGCGUAUGCUAGAGAUGUGUCGACUCUCUCCUGGCCACCAAUGUUACAGUAACACACGAUCUCAGCAC